ACAAAACCCCGUCAGCGCCCUCCUUUGCCCGGGAGCGUCUGAUUACUCCGUCCGCGUUAAAAAAAGGCAAAGGGUGACUGGAAGAAUCGGUAACAGCCGCUGGAAGUUGAUAACAAUGUUAGAAGAACAGACUCGAGUGUCUUUUUUGCUGCACAGUAUUUAAGAUCUGCUUACUCAAAUGUUUUUUCUAAACGUAGGAUGGGAUUAACUUUGAACGGCAGCUAUAUCUCACUGUUUCUUGCUGUUCAGUUAGCCUAUCUGCUACAGGCGGUAAGAGGAGCGGGCCAGUGUGAUGCAGUGUUUAAGGGUUUCUCAGACUGCUUGCUCAAACUGGGGGAAAAAAUGGUCACCUACCCAAAGGACAUGGACGAGACGGAAAACCUACAAACCAUCUGCUCAUACUGGGACGAGUUCCAUGCCUGCGCCUCAACUGCGCUAGCGGACUGUCAGGAAGGAGCUACGGAUCUAUGGGAAAAGCUUAAAAAGGACUCCAGAAAACUGGAAUUCCGGGGUAGCUUGUUUGAACUGUGCGGCGGAGGCAGCGGAGCACCAACACCGACAGCCCCCCUGGGCAUUAUAAUACUCCUGACUGCAGUCUCUGCACUAGUGACAUGGCUUACCUUUUAGGGAGCUGGAUUUCUACAUCUGAAGUGAACCAAUACCGGCGGAUGAGACCUAACAGAUCUGAUAACCGCCACUGCAUACCUGUUAAACUUGCAGUCAGUUAUAGUUCAUAUGUACGGUAGACUUGGACUGUGACUGUACGGUGGUUUGCUCGAUGAGUUGUUGCAUACGCAUACUACAGAGUAAUAACGACUAAACAUUACAAGAGCGAUUUUCCUAUAAUUGUUCGUAUGAAUACUUGGAUUGGCUUACUGAAUGGAUUCACAGAUGCAUAUCUGCGACUACACUGAACUACAAAUCCAUGCAACUAAAAUAUAACUGGACGAAAACAAGUAAUAGAGAAAUAUUACAGAAGACAGAUCUUUGAAUCGUGUUUGGUCUGCUUCCCUUUAAGUUAAUCUUAUUGCUCCUUUUUGUUUUACAAAUGUGAAAUGUCAAGUGAAGAUGAGUGGCUGAGAAGGAAUCAACUGACGUCUCUACUUUUAUACGAUACUCGCUGACAAAGCGAGGAAGAAAACGACCCAGCAACAAGCCGACUUGCACCAUUUAGGCCCAGCACGAGUUUGCCGUGGAUAGACGUUAAAGUGAAAUAUGCGGAUGACAAAGAAAUAAAGAAAUCUCUACACAGAACAACGAAUGGAUCCCAUGAAAACCGCAGCCACUCCUAAACACCCUGGAGGAAAACAAGAUUAAUUAUUGCUGCUAUGUCUCAUAGUGUGUUUCUGUCUUUAUGUUAGAAAGAGUCUUUAUUUAAAAUGAUGAGCAAAAUCAUUUCAUAUUGCAUCAUGGCAAAAAAAUAAUAAUAUAUAUAUAUAUAUUUAAUGUUGUGAAAUCUCACGAUUCACCGCCUACAAAAUAUACUGUUUGUUUAUUGUAGUUCUGGGGGUGUCGCAAUCCAAAAGUAUUAAGAAAAAUUAAGGCUGAAUACCAAAAGAAAAAACAAGUAAUUGAAAUCCCAUACGUAUAACAGAUUAUUUAUUGUAUAGUCAUAUUUCAUUUCAGAUUUUUAAAAAGGAUGAAUAUAUAUAUAUAAUAAAUCAUUUACUGAUUCACCAGAGUGUAUGAUAAAGAUCUAUGUUUUACUGCGGGUAUGGAGCUUGUAGUGGGACUUGCGUGUGUAUGUGACGAAGGCAAGAAAGACACAUGACUAUGUAAAUGUAACAUUGUAUUAAUAAAUCAUAGCAACAUUGCAGCCAGAUGAUGAAACGGAUAGUAGGCAAUAAGCAAGGGAGGAGCAGUUGGAGUCGGUAUCUGAGGGGGAUUUAAGUCUCAAAUACCAAAACUGAAGGUCUGGUUCUGCACAAUCUUGUUACAAUGUAUCAAAAGACAAAACUGGCUAAACAAACUCAGUUAAAAGACUAAUGUAAGAUGCACAUUGAUUGAUGUAGCAUUAUUUUAGCUUGCAUGCUUACAGCAAAAAGGAUAAAAGGACUUGUCUUAUGUCACAAGUGUAAUACAAAAGAUGUUUCGUGGCAUUUAAUAAUUUUAUAGCUUGAUUUUAAAAUGUCAUUACUGAUAGCUUAAAUCGAACUUACCUAUAUAAAUGUAUGUUUAACGCUUUUCUGUUCACAAGGGCACUUGUCAGAGUUUAGAUAUCUUCAAAUGAUAACGUAAUCUUUAACUUCAAUUUUAAACAUGUAAAGCAAAAUCAAACAUAAACACAGCUGUCAGAAUACCCAAUACUCAAUUAAAACAUUUGAAGGAGUGGCAAUUUAGAAACAAUUAAAGAACCCUAUGGAUUUGUA